AUGUGCCAAGAGGAAAAUGUGUCUGGGAUCUCUUGUGAAGAAACCAAAGAAAAUCAAGCUCUUGAGGAGAUGAUUGGUAAAGGGAAGGACCAUUAUGGGGAGUGUCCUAAAUUCCCUGUGAAAUGUGAUAGCUGCAAGAAAGAAAAUAUACCAAGAGGAGAGUUUCAAGAACAUUUGGACAAGGAAUGCACUGCAGUGGAAAUGAAAUGUCCUUUCUACUUCGUGGGAUGUUUAUUUGAGGUACGUGGAGCGAAACUAAGUAAUUCUUGUUAUUUCAUCAGAUUCAACCGAUAUGAAACAAAAUUGUCAGAAGUUGAGGGGCGUUUGUGUAACGGAUCAUAUAUUUGGAAGAUCGAUAACUACCGACAGUGCCGCCAAGAUGCUCUUAGUGGGGUGAUGACAGCAAUCCACAGCCCGUCCUUCCACACCAGUCUUUACGGCUAUAAAUUGUGUAUGAGGAUCAACUUAAACGGUGUAGAUAGCGGUGUUGGAAAACACGUGGCACUGUUUGUUCAUAUGAUGCAGGGAGAUUAUGACAGCAUUCUGGAAUGGCCUUUUACGGGAAGAAUUGCCCUGUCCAUUUUGGAUCAGUCUGAUGGUGCUGAAUACCGUCACCACAUCAGUGAGACCCUGGUGGCCAAGCCUAACCUGUUGGCUUUCCAAAGACCCACAGCACCGCGCAACUACAAGGGGUAUGGAUAUGUCGAGUUUGCACCAAUUGAGUCGAUCCGUGAGCCGCAGUAUGUCAGGAAUAAUACCAUGCUCGUUCGAAUUCAAAUUUUUCACUAACUGUGCAGUAUUGUUUUAAAGUGAUUCAACCGAAUUCCAAUAAAUUAAAUUCUUUUCUUACUCAA